AUGAAAGGGAUUCUGAAGGGCGAUUCAGAUUCCUCUUCAUCUCCUUUGGUCAGAGUCUUCGCGAUUUCUAGGAAAGUUAUUGUUGUGGAUGGGACGUUCUUGAAGAGCAAAUACAAAGGGGUAUUACUGGUUGCUACUGCAUUAGAUGGAAACUCUAAUUUAUAUCCUAUUGUAUUUGGAGUUGUCGACUCAGAGAAUGACCUUGCGUGGAACUGGUUUAUGAGACAACUUAAUGCGGUCACUGCUGACGAGCAUAGUUUAGCUUUUGUGUCUGAUAGGAAUUCCUCGAUUGCUAAAGCUAUUGCUAACGUGUACCCGCAAGCUCAUCACGGAAUUUGCAUUCACCACUUGCUGAAUAAUGUCGUAACAUAUUUUUGUGGGAAAGGUGUGGCUGGUUUGGUUGCAAAGGCUUUUAAAGCUUAUCGAGCUGCUGAUUUUCGUAAGCUGUUCACUGCUAUUUACUCUAUUAGUCCUGAAAUUGGAAAUUAUCUAAUAGAAGCCGAUGUGAGGAAGUGGGCUCGUUGUCAAUUCCCAGGUUACAGGUAUGAUAUCAACACUACUAACCCUGCGGAGUCGAUAAAUUCUGCUUUGCGUACGCCUAGAGAGUUUCCAGUAAUACCUCUAAUGGACAGCAUUAGGGAAAUGAUGACUCGAUGGUUUUUCCAACGUAGAACUUUAAGUUCUAAGCACUCGAAGCUACUGACCGUUGCUGUGGAGAAGAAGAUAGACAGAAGGAUUGAGAAGGGUAAAAAGUUUAAGGUCUUCCCGAUUAACGAUGACAGGUUUUUGGUUCAAGGUGACACUUUUGACUGCAUGGUUGACUUGGUCAGACGCACGUGUUCUUGUGGGAAGUUUGACCUGAUGAAAAUUCCAUGCAGGCACGCCAUAAAAGCAGGCUUCAGUGUUGGAAUACAAGCACACACACUCACAGACGACAUAUACACUACUGCGUCAUGGCGCACGGCUUAUGAAGAAAGCAUAAAUCCUAUUGGUGUCCCUGAAGAUGCUUGGACUGUUCCAUCUCAUGUGGAGCAGACGAAAGUCCUUCCUCCAGAGUCUAGACGAGCUGCAGGUAGAAGAAAGAAACGCAGAUACGAGACAGCCGAAGAUAAGAUCCGUUCGUCACAAGGAAAUCAAGGCUCUAAAGGUCGCAAAUGUAGCCGAUGUGGGAUUCGAGGGCACGAUAGGAGAACAUGUGAUCGAGCAAUAUAG